AGAAAGCCAAGCGGCAAUCAAAACGGAGCCUAGUUUAGCUUAGCCUGGUGCUGCGGUUCUGCGGUUUCGGUAUGUCCUGAAAUGCUGCUGUCGCGUAGUACAUUUUGCGCUUUGCCUACAGCGUCCGUGUAUGGAUGUGUCAGUCGCGUUUUCGGAGUUACACCUCUUCUAAGACGAAGCAGCAGCUAUAAAAACAUAAAGAAAUGUUACCAAGUUCUCGGAAUCGGCGAAGACUCCAGCAUGAAGGAGGUAAAAGAAGCCUUCGUUCAGUUGGCUCGAAAGUACCAUCCGGACAGUGGGAGCGACACGGCGAGCGCUGAUAAGUUCGACGAAAUCAAGACCGCCUACGAGAGUGUUCGGGAUCACCUGUCCGGAGAUGCCGCUCCGGCUUACGACGACGUCAACGAAGUCCUGGAAAAAGAUUUUGGCAUUAAGCAUACGGUUCCGCAGCACCGACAGUACCUGAGCUACGAUGGCGUCGGUCACGGUACACCUACCCAGCGGUGGCAGCAGUACCAACAGCACCGGCUCCAGCAGGCCGUGGAGCGGGUGCACGACCACCGCGUGAGCAAGGGCGACGCGCCCAAGGAGAUCGUCCUCAAGGACGCCACGCUGGCGCGGCAGUACAAGACCACUCAAGCCAUCGAGCGGCUGGUGGAGGACCUGAUCCAGGAGUCGAUGGCGCGCGGCGAGUUCAACAACCUGCCGGGCUCCGGAAAGCCGCUCAAGUUCGCGCCCGAGAACCCCUACGUGGACAGCACCACCCGAAAGCUCAAUGAGGUGCUUAUCACUAACGGCUACGUGCCCGAGUGGGUCAUGCUGGAGCGCGAGAUCUCCGAGGAGAAGCGGCGGCUACGCAGCGCGCUUUCCGAGCGCCGAUCACAGCUGGGUGCGGCGCCGCUCGCUGGCGACGAACAGCGCUCGUGGCAGGAAGCCGUGCGCAGCAUGGACUCGGCGGCGGCGCAGAUCAACCGCAAGAUCGACAAGUUCAACAUGGUCGUGCCGCUGCUCAGCAAACAGCAGGGACGAAGAUCAGGAGGUCAUACCGGAUGCGGAGACCAUGGAGUUUUAUCGAAUUGGUCCACCGGUGCCUUCCAUCUUGAGAAAACCAGGAGAGCGAUCGAAACGAAUGGAAGUCUCUCGAAGAGUGUCCUUCUCAAAGGACGUCUCAGAAGGGUCGUCGGAGUCUCUCAAUCGUCGAUUGCGCUUCAACGCCCCUCCACCUGGAAGGACGCUCAGGAAGAAACAGAGCAUCUCGAUCAUCGCGUUUUGUUCCUUCGCCAUGGUCACCCUGGUGGGCGUCUUCUGGGGCUACAUCAUCCACGGCAUCGUCCACACAGAAGGACAGGAGUGACGCCUGUGCCCACUUACCGAAACAGGGAAUACUUGAAGGCUAGUCCUCAGGAAGAAGUCCUGAGGGACCUCGACGACUCGGACUAUGCUGUCCCCAACUUGGUGUUCCUCACGGAGCGGUCCAGGCAUCGCCGGCUCCGGACGCCCGUGGUGGUCCUGAGGCGACACCCGCCGCCCAUAGUAUCGGAAACGCCUUCGCUGCUGACGAGGCGCUGGAACCGCACACGGACCUACCGACCUCGGCGGCGCUCCGUUAACGCCACGACGACGCACCGACGGCGCGGCAGGCCCACGCGCAAGCCCACACGCAAGCCCGUGUUCCAAUGGCGCUCCAAGGUGCUCGUGAGUCCCGCGUCCACGUCCGAGACCGACAGCAUCGGCAGGCCGCCGUCGGUCGUUGAGGACGAGUCCGCUUCGCCGUCCCAGCUUCCUCCCGAGGCGACCUCUGGAGAGAGAAACAAUGGCGGAGGCGAGAACGCCCUGUUUCCUGGCGAUGACGUCGAAGUCAGUGUCAGCGACGGCUCGCGAGAGACCGGCUUUCGCAGCAGGCGGGGCGGGCUUCUGGGCACUCGCGUGACCCUCGGAGCCGCCUCCGACAACGACACUUCCUUGGUCGGCAACGGCACCGAGGUCACCUACUUCGCUGGACACGCUGUGGACAGCAAUGACACGCGGCAGGACAACUCGUCCGGCAUAGGAGCGCCGCAAGAAUCGUCGCACGAAUCUUCGGCCGACGAUUAUGAGGGUGACCGCAGCGAUCCCGGUGGGAAGGAGGAGGAGGUCGUGUCUUCAAACGCCUUGUUAAGCGAGGACGAGGAGCGGGCAGCAAAUGACGCUCUUGAUCACGUGUGGCGAAACGAGUCGUUGCAUCCCGCCCUGGUCGACGAAGAGACAAGAAACGGUGCUUUUGAGGUGAACGCGACGACAACAUUGAACGUGAAUGUCACAACGAAGGCGUCCGAGGCAGUGGCUCUGGGAGGAGUCGUAAACGGCACCGAAACAGACUAUUACGACUAACGGUGUGCGUGAGAAAGCAAUUAUUCUUGCCUGCAUUCAUUUCAUCAUCGUCUCUUGAUGACGUUCUGUCGAAUCAUUCAUCUUAUGUAUAUUCCCGUUACCACUCAUUAAACGUUUUUUCCCCUUC